AGGCCAAGCUUUUUGCAAUUUCACUAUCUUUUCGCGGCUGCCGGAUUCCUCUCUCAAAAUCCCUAUUCAUCACAAUCGAACAAUGGAAGCUCUUUCAGCCUCUGUAUUCCUUCCUACUUUUCCAGACUCACAUUCCAUUCAGCCUGCUGCUUCUCUCCGAAUUAGCUUAGCUUCGCCUAAAACUACGCUUGUCGCCGCUGCUUCUCGUCAACUUUCAGCUGACGGCGAAGAUGAUCAACAGAUACCUUUUCAUAAUGUAUUUGAUUUUGUUCCUCAAGAAGCUUCAUCUUCUUCCUAUUCGGGUGCUUCAAGUGAAACUUAUAGCAAAGAGGAGUUGAAUAAGAAUUCAGAUGUUGCCUCAUCUCGUACAGACAAAAGAGCUAGCCUUUUCAGAACCCCAAUAUCUGGGGGAGUGCAGAGUGCAACCUGUGUUCAUGACUUACCUAGACCACCUUUAGCAGUCCGCAAUCUGAUGGAACAGGCUAGGUUUGCUCACAUGUCUACUGUAAUGUCACGUAUGCACCAACAAAGUGAAGGAUACCCAUUUGGUUCACUGGUGGAUUUUGUAUCAGAUGCAAUGGGACAUCCAAUAUUUUCUUUCUCACAGUUGGGUAUGCACACACGGAAUCUAUUAGCCAAUCCAAGGUGUACAUUAGUGGUUCAGAUUCCUGGAUGGAGUGGCUUGUCAAAUGCUAGGGUUACAAUUUUCGGUGAUGUUUUCCCCCUUCCGGAAGAUCAGCAGGAAUGGGCACAUAAGCAGUAUAUAACAAAACACCAACAAGCACCUUUGCAACAGUGGGGAAACUUCUACUACUUUAGGAUGCAGAAUAUAAGAGAUAUAUACUUUAUUGGAGGUUUUGGGACAGUUGCUUGGGUUAAUGUGAAGGAAUAUGAGGGUCUUCAACCUGAUGAUAUUGCUGUUGAUGGCAGUGAACAGAACUUGAAAGAGCUGAAUGUAAUGUUUUCCAAGCCCUUGAGAGAGUUACUGUCAUUGGAGAGUGAGGUGGAUGAUGUUUCUUUGAUAUCGAUUGAUAGCAAGGGGACAGAUAUUCGUGUUCGUCAAGGUGCACAGUUUAACAUACAGAGGUUGGUAUUUGAAGAAUGGCAAGGGGUUAAAACAGUGGUGGAAGCCAAAGCAGCAUUGUGGAAGUUAAUAAAAAGAGGUGGUGUUUACACUGUGCACAAGUAACAAAGAUCCUGAUUUCCAAAAUGGUUUGGGUUUUGUGUUUGUUGUUAUUUGGAUUAGGAGGUUUUGUUUUGCUAGUUUGACUGAUGUUAAUAAAAAACAAUUAAAAUUAAUAA